AGUGAGUUGAUCUCUGAAAGUACAAGCACUACUACUGAGAGUACAACACCCACUCCAUCCGUGACUCCUUUUACUUCGAGUUCCAAGCCUUCUGAGACAACUGCACCCACACUAACUUCAAGCACAAACACACCCACUGAGCACUUCAAGCAGACUACACCACAAGAAACCUCAUCUGAGUACACAGUUAUGUCUAUUUCUUCCACCCCUGAGCAACCCUCCACAAAAGAGCUGUUUUCUCAGUCAACAAUGUCUGCCUCCUCCAUCGAGAUGACCUCUGAAACUACAAACACUACUACUGUGAGUACGACACCUACUCCAUCCAUUACUCCUUUUACUUCCAGUUCUGAGCCUUCUGAGACAACUGCACCCACACUAACUUCAAGCACAAACACACCCACUGAGCACUUCAAGCAGACUACACCACAAGGAACCUCAUCUGAGUACACAGUGAUGUCUAGUUCUUCCACCACUGAGCAACCCUCCACAAAACAGCUGUCUUCUCAGUCAACAUUGUCCAUAUCCUCCAGUGAGUUGACCUCUGAAACUACAAGCACUACUACUGAGAGUACAACACCCACUCCAUCCAUGACUCCUUUUACUUCCAGUUCUGAGCCUUCUGAGACGACUGCACCCUUCCUAUCUUUAAGCACAAAUGCACCCACUGAGCACGUGAAGCAGACUACACCACAAGAAACCUCAUCUGAGUACACAGUGAUGUCUAGUUCUUCCACCACUGAGCAACCCUCCACUAAACAGCUGUCUUCUCAGUCAACAAUGUCUGCCUCCUCCAUCGAGUUGACCUCUGAAACUACAAACACUACUGCUGAGAGUACGACCCCUACUCCAUCCAUUACUCCUUUUACUUCCAGUUCUGAGCCUUCUGAGACAACUGCACCCACACUAACCUCAAGCACAAACACACCCACUGAGCAAGUGAAGCAGACUACACCACAAGGAACCUCAUCUGAGUACACAGUGAUGUCUAGUUCUUCCACCACUGAGCAACCCUCCACAACAGAGGUGUCUUCUCAGUCAACAUUGUCCAUAUCCUCCAGUGAGUUGAUCUCUGAAAGUACAAGCACUACUACUGAGAGUACAACACCCACUCCAUCCGUGACUCCUUUUACUUCGAGUUCCAAGCCUUCUGAGACAACUGCACCCACACUAACUUCAAGCACAAACACACCCACUGAGCACUUCAGGCAGACUACACCACAAGAAACCUCAUCUGAGUACACAGUUAUGUCUAUUUCUUCCACCACUGAGCAACCCUCCACAAAAGAGCUGUUUUCUCAGUCAACAAUGUCUGCCUCCUCCAUCGAGUUGACCUCUGAAACAAUAAACACUACUACUGAGCGUACGACACCUACUCCAUCCAUUACUCCUUUUACUUCCAGUUCUGAGCCUUCUGAGACAACCGCACCCACACUAACUUCAAGCACAAACACACCCACUGAGCACGUGAAGCAGACGACACCA